GCCAAGCUCCUCCCCGCCGCCGCCGCCCCUCGCCGCGCCGCGGGGACGUGCAGUCGCUCGGCGGGACAUGGAGGCGGGCGGCGGGGCCGGGGCGCGGAGCCCCGCGCUGCUGCUGCUGCUGCUGGCGGCGGCGCUGGGAGCCGAAGCGGGGGCGGAGGAGCCGCGCCCGGCGCGGCAGCGCGGGGACGAGCAGUGCCAUUACUACGCGGGCGGGCAGGUGUACCCCGGCGAGGCGGCCCGGCUGCCCGUCUCCGACCACUCGCUGCACCUCAGCCAGGCCAAGAUCUCCAAGCCAGCACCUUACUGGGAGGGAACAGCAGUCAUUAAUGGAGAGUUUAAAGAGCUGAAGCUAACAGAUUAUGAAGGAAAAUAUCUUGUCUUCUUCUUCUAUCCUCUUGACUUUACGUUUGUCUGCCCAACUGAGAUAAUUGCCUUCAGUGACCGAAUUGAAGAAUUCAGAGCAAUAAAUACUGAAGUAGUAGCAUGUUCUGUGGACUCAAAAUUCACUCACUUAGCAUGGAUUAAUACUCCUCGUAAACAAGGAGGACUUGGACCAAUGAAGAUUCCCCUUCUUUCUGAUCUGACACACCAGAUUUCAAAGGAUUAUGGAGUGUAUCUGGAAGAUCAAGGACAUACACUUAGAGGCCUUUUCAUUAUUGACAAUAAGAGAAUCCUUCGACAGAUCACAAUGAAUGACCUUCCUGUUGGGAGAUCAGUGGAUGAAACACUUCGUUUAGUACAAGCAUUCCAGUACACAGACAAACAUGGAGAAGUUUGCCCUGCUGGUUGGAAACCUGGCAGUGAAACAAUCAAACCAGAGGAAGCCAUGAGAGUGUGGUGGCCAAGGGAAGAACUAUAAUUCCAGAUCCAGCUGGAAAACUGAAGUAUUUUGAUAAACUAAACUGAGGCUCUCUUCUGUUGAAUUCAAUAGGUCACAUUCAACUUGAUUUUUGCCAAUAAAAUUUCAUUAAUUUUGGUACUUUUGUGAG